AUGCAUCUUUCGUCGUUGCUGGUUGCGCUCAGCUGCUAUGGCGGUGCUCUUGCGGCUCCAUUGGAGCAACAAGUACCAUUGCCUGGCAACACAGGACACCAUGCUGGGCCUCACAAGAUAACCAACCCGUAUAGGCCGGGUGUGAGUGAUCCUUAUGACAGGAAGGUCGAUUCUCAGGGCGACAAGCUUCAGCCGCUGCCAUACCGAAAUGACGACGGAGCAAGCGUCAUGGGCCCUCGCAACCGCGCCCGUGAACGUCAGAACCCAGAUCUCGUCCGUCCUCCUAGCACUGACCAUGGCGCGAUCCCCAACAUGCGCUGGUCCUUUGCCGACUCCCAUAUCCGCAUUGAGGAGGGUGGUUGGACGCGAGAGACCACUGUUCGCGAGCUGGGUACCAGCAAGGAGCUCGCCGGUGUCAACAUGCGUCUUGAAGAAGGCGUCAUCCGCGAGCUCCACUGGCACAAGGAAGCCGAAUGGGCCUACGUGCUCGAAGGCAAAGUCCGCAUCACUGCUCUUGACACUGAAGGCGGUAGCUUCGUCGAUGAUCUCGAGAAGGGCGACCUAUGGUACUUCCCAUCCGGCCACCCUCACUCUCUCCAAGGUCUUAGCCCCAACGGCACCGAGUUCCUCCUCGUCUUCGACGACGGCAACUUUUCUGAAGAUUCCACCUUCUUGCUCACAGACUGGAUGCGCCUAACCCCCAAGUCCGUCCUGGGCGAGAACUUCCGCGUCGCCCCCGAAGUUUUCAAGGCCAUUCCUGACAAGGAGAAAUACAUCUUCAAGGGCUCCGAGCCCGGCCCCAUCGACAAGGAGGUCCCCAGCGACAGCAAGGGUUACAAGAAAUCCAAGCUCCAGUUCACCCACAAGAUGCUUGCUCAGGAGCCCGUCAACACGACUGGCGGCCAAGUUCGCAUUACGGACUCCACAAACUUCCCCAUUUCCAAGACAGUGGCUGCAGCCCACCUGCGAAUCCAACCUGGAGCGAUCCGCGAAAUGCACUGGCAUCCCAACGCAGACGAAUGGUCCUUCUUCAUCGCUGGCCGCGCGCGCGUCACCAUCUUCGCCGCCAAAGGCACCGCGCGCACCUUUGACUUCCAAGCCGGCGACGUAGGUGUCAUCCCACGCAACAUGGGCCACUUCAUCGAGAACCUAUCCGACGAGGAAGACGUCGAGGUGCUCGAAAUCUUCCGUGCCGACAAGUUCCAGGACUUUAGCUUGUUCCAGUGGCUCGGCGAGACGCCGCAGAGACUGGUUAAAGAGCAUCUUUUCGAGAGUAGUCCCAAGGAGGCCGAGGAGUUUGAGAGGGCGAUUAAGGAUGCCGAGAGGGAUCCGAUUAAGGAUGUUGAUCUUGGUGAGGACGAGGAUAAGGAGGAGUUGUGA